CCCAGGGUUGCAGAGCCCGUUCAGACCUCCAGCGGGCCAGCCUGGGGGCUGCAGACUCCCUCUCCCCAGGCGUGUGGCCGAGGGCUAGGGGUGAGGAACAAGAGGGUCUAGAGGUAGGGGCGAUGGGUCCUUGAUCUCAGUUGGACGAAGUCCUCACGGAGGCGGCGGGGCCCACCCGUGCUCCUGGUCUUACCUGGCCCGCGCGGAGGCCGCGUCCCUCCCUGGCUAGGCUCUCGCCGCCCUUCGUGGGCGCUAAAUCCCGGGUCGGAGAGCCUGAGACCUCUGGGCCAGCGCUGCCAUCACAGUCAGGCCGGCGGGAGGCGGGUGUGCCGGGAGCGCGGCUCGCAGUUUGGGGUGGGGGCGGCAGCUUUUCAGUAGCCGGAGGUUCGGGUGCAAUAAAGGCGCCGCUAAUGUAAUUUACAAACAGCUCGGGCCGAGCGCGGCGCAGCGCCCGGACUGACAGGCGUAUUAGGCAGGCUAAUUCCAGCCGGCUCCUCCUACCCCUGGCCCGCUAAUUAAUGAGCUUCCCAACUUAGAGCCGCCUGCAUUGGACAGAGAGUGAAAGAGAGGGCGAGGGAGAGAAGGAGAGAGACGGGGGGAGCCGAGAAGAGAGAGGUGAAAGGGAGGGAGGGAGAGAGAACAGGAGGCGAGGGAACAGAGGGAAAGAAGAGCGGAGAAAGGGAGAAAGGAGAGAGAAAGAGAGAGAGAGAAGUGCCGCUGCAGAUAAUUGAUUACUCCUCGAUCAAGGCUAACUUGUUAGCAAUAGUCAAUUGCCCCAUCUCUCCGCCUCCCCUCGCAGUACGGGAUCGGCGCCCUCUCCUCGGUUCUUCCAACUGCCGCCGCCAGGACCCGGGGCCAGGAGCCGCCUCGGAGCCACCUGACACCUUUAAAUAGCACCGGGGCUGGCGAAACUGGAGCCCCGCGCGGUGCGCCCCGGCUCGGGCCCCGGAUUGCUGGAAGCCCCGGCGGUGGCGCCCGCGUCAGCGCCCUCCUCCUGGGGCCCCGUGCGGCUCUGCUUCCCUCUGCCGCUGCGCUAAUCGGCCCCGCGUCCGGCCCGCGCCCUGCCCGGCGCGGCCUCCUUCUCGCCUGCUGCUGCCGCCCGCCCGCUCCGACCGGUGCCCGAGCUGCCCGCUGGCUGGGUCCCCGCGGCCCGAGCCGCCCCGGCCGGGCCCCCAAACGACGCCGAGAUGACUUCCAAGGAGGACGGCAAGGCGGUGCCGGGGGAGGAGCGGCGGCGCAGCCCGCUGGACCACCUGCCGCCUCCCGCCAACUCCAACAAGCCGCUGACGCCGUUCAGCAUCGAGGACAUCCUCAACAAGCCGUCUGUGCGGAGAAGUUACUCGCUGUGCGGGGCGGCGCACCUGCUGGCGGCCGCAGACAAGCACGCGCCGGGCGGCUUGCCCCUGGCGGGCCGAGCGCUGCUCUCACAGACCUCGCCUCUGUGCGCGCUGGAAGAGCUCGCCAGCAAGACCUUUAAGGGGCUGGAGGUCAGCGUCCUGCAGGCAGCAGAAGGCCGCGACGGGAUGACCAUUUUUGGGCAGCGGCAGACCCCCAAGAAGAGGCGAAAGUCGCGCACGGCCUUCACCAACCACCAGAUCUACGAGUUGGAGAAGCGCUUCCUCUACCAGAAGUACCUGUCUCCUGCCGAUCGCGACCAAAUCGCGCAGCAGCUGGGCCUCACCAACGCUCAGGUUAUCACCUGGUUCCAGAAUCGGCGAGCCAAGCUCAAGCGGGACCUGGAGGAGAUGAAGGCUGAUGUGGAGUCCGCCAAGAAACUGGGCCCCAGCGGGCAGAUGGACAUCGUGGCGCUGGCCGAACUCGAGCAGAACUCGGAGGCCGCAGGAGGCGGUGGAGGCGGCUGCGGGAGGGUCAAGUCGAGGCCUGGCUCCCCGGUGCUCCCUCCAGGCGCCCCGCAGGCCCCGGGCGCCGGGCCCCUGCAGCUCUCGCCCGCCUCCCCGCUUACGGACCAGCCGGCCAGCAGCCAGGACUGCUCAGAGGACGAGGAAGAUGAAGAGAUUGACGUGGACGAUUGAACUGCGCCCGGGAUCUUCCGCUGUCCCGGGCCCCCAGCGCCCAUACACCCGCCGCCUCCCGGACCGCCGAGGGGAGCUGGGACCUCCUCUGCAACUCCCGUCUUCUCCUAUGUUCCGGGCCUGAACUUGGCCCCUGCGGCAGCCGCCUCUUCCCUCUUGAAGCAAUAAACCAGGGCUGGCCGGCCGGGCCGGCCACCUUGCGCGGCCUCCGCCACCCUGGGAGCCCUCGCCAUGAAAUUCUGUAUGGCUACUGUAUAAAUAUUUAAACCUAUAUAGCGGGUUCUUCCCAUCUCAGCCUGACUUUUUCCUUUCUUUUAUUUUUUUAAAAUCUCGGCGAUUUCCAUGUUUCAAAACUCUCAGGCUACCGGGUUUGCUGAGGGAGAAGCAGAAUGGAGGGUAACGAACACUUAACUCCGCAGUCUGGAGGAGGGGGCCGCCGGACUGUUCUGAUUUUUCUCUGCAUGUGGCGAAUGCACUGGCCCUCUCCCUCUUCACCUUCCUAGGCCUAUUAUUUCCUUCUGCCUUUUUUACCCCGCGUGGGAGGGGCUGAGGGGGGCAGCCGGGUCCUGACUUGCAAGUUUCAAAUCGAUCUUUUCCCCCCACUCAAGAGAAGUCUGUUUUCCAUGCCAUUUCUGCCUCCCAAAAUGCCCGCAAACGCUAUUUUUAAGAUUCCUCUUCACCCUCUCUCGGUGUCCUUGGAUUGACUGCUGGGAUCUGGGUCUUAGGGACAAAGCAGGGCAAUAUCCAACCAAUCAAGCAACGAAAAUGGAACCCAAAGUCCUAGAAUUAUUUUUUACUCUUUUUAGAAUUUUUUUGCAUGUGACAGAGACUGAGAGGAGGCCGACCUAAGCCCUCACCCCACCUCCGUAGUUCUGGGUCCGUCUUGCAGACUCAAAUGCCCUGAUCCUAGCUCGACUUGGCCAGACAAGGGCAGCGGGAGAAGGUUGGGUCCCGGGUGCCCCUUCCCUAUUCCUGCCUUGCCCUUUCCUCCCUGGACUGUACCCAAGGCCUCUUUCUUCGAUAAAUAAAGUC